AGCUGAUUUGCCAAGAGUCAUUGAAAACGUUGUUCUUUCUAAAAAACUCAAUAUGGAAUAAAAAAAUGAAUCCAAUGUCAUAAAAUGAUUUGAUGUUAUUUUUUCAGUGGAAUUGGCUUUGAUCUUUGCCGUACCGGAUGUCCAAUACAACCACGUCAAAGAUUACAUAGAGAAACAAAUGAUUGACUAUCAAAUAAUUGCGCGAGAAAAAAUAUGGGAUUUAACAAAAAUCCUUCCAACUAGAAUGUUCACAUUGGGGAAAUAUCGUGAAGUUGAUCUAACAGAUCUGGGAGAUCAAAGAAGACGCAUAACUUUAGAAGCAAUAAAGACAUUAAUCCGUAAUGUAAUAGGAGGUCGUAAUACAAAUUUCGGCGAAUUUUCCGAUAUGUGUAUUUUAAUAGGAUUAUUCAAAAAUAUAAAAUACCGAACCCCGUUAAUAGUAAAUGCCGAGAUCAACGCAAUGGGAGCUUGUUUACUAACACAUAUAAACAAUAAUGUUAGCAGAUACCAUUACAUUGAAGAUGAAAUUUGGGAAUUUGACGGUACUACAAUAGAGUCGUUUUCCUUUCAAUUACAAUAAUUUGG